AUGAACAGAUAUUGUAGAAUUGUCAAACCAGCAAAGUACCGAUGCUACUUCACAAGUAAGAAAACCCUCAUCAUGAUUCUCGUGUCAUGGUUCUCUUCUUUUUGUGCUCCAUUGACUCAAGUCCUAAGUGGAAGAAAAAUGGUCUUUCAUCCUGCCAAGUUCUUCUGUUACCUUGGGAUGGAAAAAAGCGCAUUCAUACAUUAUGGUAGUCCGCUUUACAUAGGUGUCCCAACCUGUGUUAUUAUCUACUGCUACUUAAGAAUCUUCUCAACAGGUCGCAAUCACAACAGAAAUGUUCAUCUUCCAGGCAAUCCGAUAAGCUCGGUAAACGUAGAAGAAGUUAAAGUGGCUCGCACCAUAUUUGUUGUAGUGGUGUUUUUUAAUCUUUGUUGGAUUCCAGUUUUAACAGUUAACGUUUUGGACUAUGCAUUCCAAAGAUGGAUCUUCCCUACUGACGUUUACAUUUUUUAUACGCUUUUGGCCACUUUAAGCAGCGCGGUGAAUCCUUUAAUUUACGGCGUGAUGAACAAGAGUUUUCGUACGAAUUAUUUAAAGCUACUAUGCUGCACGUACUGUCGAUCUCAAGUUGUUGUAGGACCGUUGGUUCGUUGA